GAGAGAGUGUGUGUGUGUGAGAGAGAGAUAGAGAGAGAGCAGCAGAGUGUUACAUAAAAGUGCCACAGUCAAGGAUAGGAAGUGAGUGUGUUUCUUUCUCUCUGAAACUUUUAGCUUUCUUUAAAACUCUGAAGUAAUGGAACAAGUAAAAGUGCAACUGUUCUUGCUGAUCGUCCUGGCAUUAGGCAUAACAGCUCCAACGGCUGAGGGAUGUAGCUGUGGGCAUUCACAUUUUCAAGAUCAUUUCUGCUAUUCUCCAAUAGUGUUCCGUGCUAAGGUAAUUGGGCAGAAGAUUGUAUCUCUGAGCUCCCGCUUAUAUGAGGAAAAGAUGAUUGAGUACAAAAUUAAAUUAAUCAAGAUGUUCAAAGGUUUUGACCAAGUUGAUACCAUUCAGUACAUCUAUACCUCAGUCGAAGAAUCCUUGUGUGGUGUUACCCUGGAUGCCAAAAACAAGGUCCAAUAUUUGCUUUCAGGACAUCUGGGGCAAGACGGAAAAGUGGUAGUCGAACUAUGUGACAUCAUUGAGCGUUGGGAUAAUCUCCUGCUGGCUCAGAAAAAGAACCUGAAGUACAGAUACCAAAAAGGAUGCGAGUGCAAAAUUUCCACCUGCUCCAAACCCCGCUGCCGUACCGUGUCUGCAAAUGAAUGUGCAUGGUAUCCGUACAGCAGACAAACUCUCCAUGGCGUAUGCAUGAAACGGACCAACGGCACAUGCAACUGGUACAUAGACAAGUCUGACUCCCAUACACAGCACAAUGUUGGACAAAAUAGCAUGGCAUUACAUUAAGGGUUGAUAAAGAAAACCGAACAAGCACUAAUCCCCAGCACUCAUCCUGAUCUUAACCAUUCAUAACGUCUUAUACUUGGCUAAGGGAGAUUCUUCUAAAUGUGCCCAAAGUCUCUUCAUUCAAGUAGAAUAUGAUCAUGAGUUCAUGCGACUGAAAUUUCAUGAAUCACCCUUUAAAGCUCAGCAUGACUAUAAACUUCAGACGCAGGCAACUAGAGAAAUUACGCACAAAGCAUUGCGAACUAAACAUUUUUUCCUUACCUGUUUAAAGGUCACAGCAGGAAAACUAGAGUGCUUAAUAUUUAAAAAUAUAAGCUAGAAAGCUAAAAAAUGAGCUAAAAAAAAAUAUAAGCUACUUAUUAAGCUAACGACUAUGCUACUUCGAAAUGGCUUGAGGCCAGUGUGUAUAAAAUAGUAAAAUAAACUAUAUGAAGCAAGUAAACAUUUUAUUCAUUUUUCUUCAUAUCAAGCACAGUUCUAUUGAAAUAAAAAAUGCUGCCUGUUGCUCAGUCCUCCAUAAAAUUGCACAUAGACAUAGAUAGAACACAAUUUUAACACAAUGCAUGAGGCUUCUUGAAUUGAAGUGUUUAUAAACUAGCUAUAAAAUGAAAAGUUACAUACUUAAUACUUAAUACAUAAUACUAAUUUCUACUUACAUACAGUACGAAUUAUAGAAUUAUCACACCCUUCUACAGAAAGGGGAUAAAAAUGGCAUUCGUAUAAUCAUCACGCAUGAAUUUUACACAGAAACUACUUACUGUCUACAAACACUCAAUAGCGUGUGCAAAAAUUACUUAUUGCCUGUGUGACAUGUGUUCAUGUCAUAUAUUUAUAUCGUAUAUUUUCAUUAUGAGUGCAAAUCAUUCUAGAUUCCCGAUUACAGUCGGGGAAUCACUUCUAUGUAGAAAAUCUUUUAGUUUUUACAUAGGGAAUUUCUCUGCAUAUUUAUAUAAAGGCUAUGAAUUAAACCAGCUUAUAAAUAUGUAUUACUACAGAACUGAUGUAUCAACAUUUCUUUUUUUAUUUCUCUUACUGUAGAAAAAGGAAAUAUAUUCUCUUUUACUGAUGCCAAGAAUGUUCAAUACCGUAUCUCAUUAAAAAAAAAAA